CGUCAAAACCCUAGGUGUAGGAUCGAUCGGUUCGGUUCCGAGGUUCGCUCCUCCUCGAUGCCGUCCUCGGAUGACGAAGUCGAUCGGAUCCCUUUGAGUGCGCGGCCGGAGUGGUUGGACGUGAGGCCCGUCCCGCAGGACGAUGGCCCCAACCCGGUCGCGCCCAUCGCUUAUCGCGAUGACUUCCGGGAGACCAUGGACUACUUCCGCGCCGUGUAUCUCGCCGACGAACGGAGCCGCCGCGCCCUCGACCUCACCACCGAGGCCAUCGGCAUGAACCCUGGCAACUACACCGUCUGGCACUUCAGACGCGUUGUGCUCGAGUCAUUAAAUGCAGAUUUACAUGAGGAAAGGGAUUUUCUAGACCGAAUGACUAUGCGCAAUGCCAAAAAUUACCAGAUCUGGCACCACAGGCGGUGGCUUGCUGAGAAAUUGGGCCCGGAGGUUGCAAAUAAGGAACUUGAAUUUUCUAAACAUAUACUUGAUCUAGAUGCUAAAAAUUAUCAUGCCUGGUCUCAUAGGCAGUGGGUGCUUCAGUCAUUAGGUGGCUGGGAAAGCGAGCUUGACUACUGCUGCAUGCUUCUUGAAGAUGACAUUUUCAACAAUUCAGCAUGGAAUCAGCGGUACUUUGUCAUCACAAGAUCUCCGCUACUGGGAGGCCUACAGGCCAUGAGAGAUUCUGAAGUAGGCUACACAACAGAAGCCAUCUUAGCUAACCCGCUAAACGAGAGCCCUUGGAGAUACCUUCGAGGACUGUACAAGGGCGACACCAGCCAGCUAAUAAGCGACAACCGAGUAUCUGAAUUGUGCCUGAAGGUCCUGAAGACAAGCAACAGCUGCCAAUUUGCAUUAAGCCUGCUCCUGGAUCUUCUUUGUUAUGGUUUCCAACCAUCCGAAGAACUCGGGGCAGUAGUCGAGGCUUUGAGAAACUCUGAACAGGACACAGUAAGCAGUAAGUUAGCCACUACGGUGUGCCUCAUCUUGGAGAUCACGGAUCCAAUGCGAUCGAACUACUGGGCGUGGCGAAGGAAUAAUCUUCCUAGUCAAGUUUGUUAAACUUUCCUAGGGUCCAGGCUAACUUUCCACUCCUGUUUCAUCAAUCUGUGUGGUCCGUAAAGUCCAGGUGAUGGAUCAGCUAUGGAGUCACUGCUCUUUGGAUUUCGCCUCUCAUACAGAGAGCCCGUCAGAAACAUAUUACUCUGUCACGUGAUUAGUUGUAUCUUUGUUGAUCUAA